UUCUGUCUCUCCAGGGCUUCCUUCGGAAAGAGGGCUUUGCCUCCGUCCCUGCUGCCUGUAGACCCUCCUCCCCUGUCGUCGUCACUGCCUGCCGCCAUGCUGGGCUUCUGCUCAGGCUCCGUCCUUUGCCUCUUUCGGAGGACUGCUGCGGCACGUAAUAUCCGUGUCCAGCCAAGUCUGCGUCAGGCUCGUUCACCUUUUGCCACAGGACCCAGGCAAGAUGUUGGCACGAUUUAUGAACUUCGUACUUAUGAUAUCAAGCCAGCAAAGACAAAGGAAUUCCUUGAGUUGGUCAGUAAGAAUAUUAACAUUCGUGUGGCUCACUCAGAGAUGAUCGGAUUCUGGACAGUGGAGUUUGGUUCAAUGAAUAAGGCCUUUCAUAUUUGGAAAUACGAUAACUUCGCUCACAGAGCAGCAGUAAGGAAAGUUGUACUCAACGAUAAGGAAUGGCAGGAAAAAUUGCCUGCAAUUUUCGCACUUCUAAAUAAACAGCAUAUGGAAAUUGCUUACUUGGUCCCCUGGUGCGAGCUUGGGAUUCCGCCCAAACAAGGUGUUUAUGAGUUGGUGACUUACCAAAUGAAACCAGGUGGCCCAGCAUUAUGGGGGAAGUCAUUCAAAGCAGCGAUUGACGCACACAUCAGUAAAAGCUAUGGCAAACUGAUUGGUGUCUUCCACACAGAAUACGGAUUACUUAAUACAGUUCAAGUGCUUUGGUGGUUCGAGAACCCAGACAGCCGUGCAGCUGGGAGGCAUUUUGCCCAUGAAGACGCCAGGGUAGUAGCAGCUGUACGGGAGAAUGUUCAGUUCUUGGAAUCCCAGCAAAACAUGCUCCUGAUUCCUGCACCAUUUUCGCCUUUGAAGUAGGUCUCUUCUGGCUGAAGGACCCUUUGAUCCUCAUUUGCAAUAUUUGUCUCUUAAUGCAGGUUGUGUGUAGACUUGUAUGAUAUUUCACUGUGAGCAAAACUUGAUUAUCCAGCUUCUAACAAAGAAUUGGUUUCUGGCUUGUUUGCAUAAAAAUAUCUAGAUUCAAACUGUAUGAAGAUUUUACAUGAAACAUAGCACAGGAUCUCAGCCCUUAGAUUUUUAGAGCUGAUAAAAAAGUGAAAAUAUGGAGAAGUUUGAAUUAAUUUUGUUUUUGAAAUCUGGAUUUUGUUUUACUCCCAUACCCUUUCAUAUUUUUAGUUUACUCAUGCAACCAAAACAACAUUGAAAUAUGAUAUCCCCAAACUCUACAAAGUUGGAAGAUGAAUACCAAAAGGAGGUAUCCCAAUGGAUUCCUUGGCCUAGUUGAUAAUCUUCCAUACAUUAACCUACAUCUACACUUGCUAUUACUGAUAUUACAGAUUAACCUUCAGCUGUCCAGAUUACAAUGUGGCAUAAACAGGAGUAAGAUUUUUUUUCUGCUACAACUGUGUUUUAUUUAUUUAUUUUACUAAAAUAUAUUGCUCACGUUAAAUUUGAUCACUUUAUGUCAAUGUUUCAAGACUUGAGGAUCAGGGUUGUUAAUGUGAAAUUAAACAUGGACGAAUUAUUUCUGAAUUGUUUGUAUAAAAUUCUGAUAUCUCUCUCUGUCUCUCUCUACCACCCCAUUGCUAUGGUCUGCGUGAAAUUAAGCCAGGACUGCAAGUUCCUCACUCCAGCUUUGAGGUCUAAAAAACGUGUAAAUACAUGAUUAUGCCAGAAAAUGCAUCAUUGAUACCAUAUGCAGCAUUUACUUUGUUUUCAGUUCCAUUUUUAUUAUACAUUACACCAGUGUGGUAUAAUGGCUAAAGUGUUGGACUGGGAGUCGGGAGAUCCAGGUUCUAGUCCCCACUCAGCCAUGUAAACCCACUGGGUGACUUUGGGCCAGUCACAGACUCUCAGCCCAACCUACCUCACAGGGUUGUUGUUGUGAAGAUAAAAUGGAGAGGAGGAGGAUUAUGUACACCGCCUUGCAUUCCUUGGAGGAAAAAAGGCGGGAUAUAAAUGUAAUACAUAAAUAUUUCUAUAAUUUUUAACUAGAGCAUAUUUUCACAAAUUGCAUCAGAGAACUUUUUUUACUCACUGCAUUUUUAAAAGAAGCGUAAUAAAUUCCCCAAAUAAUUCUGGUUUUUAUAUAUGGCAUAAUAAAUAGACCAUUUCUUUAA